AUGUCAAUGAAAUCGCGGAUCAAGAACUUUUUCGGGGCUUCGAGGCAGUAUGUGGUUGUUGGGGCAUCGCAAAACCCAUCCAAAUUUGGAUUUCGAAUCUUGUCGUGGUAUGUUAGCCACGAACUUCCAGUAGUACCAAUAAACCCCAAGGAAAAGGAGAUUUUGGGCCAAGCAGUAGCCCCAAAUAUCACCACCGUGCUAGAUGCAUUACAUUCAAGGAAAGAGUUGGCACAUCAUGAUCUUUCACAGAAGGAUGGGCUCAGUAUCUCGUUUUUGACUCCGCCAGCAGUGACAGUUCGAACCUUGGACGAAAUAUCGCAAUUCGACAAUUAUGAAUCGCUCAUCAAGGGCCUUUGGUUCCAGCCCGGGAGCUAUGAUCAGCUGGUGCUUGACAAAGUUGCCGAAAUCGGGCUUGACAAAAGGGCCAUCCACGAAGACGAGUGUAUUCUUGUCAGAGGCGAAGAAGGAAUGUAUAGUGCCAACCUCUAA